GUUAUAAUUAUGUGGACAUCAAGGAGUUGAAAAAAUCUAAUUGCUAGAUGCAUUAUUUACAUGUACAUGUACUUCAAAAGUCCUUCAUGAUUCGUACCGUUUCUCACAUUCUGUCAUGCGUAAAAAUAGAUGACAAGAGAGUCGGUGUUUUAAAACCUUAAAUGUGACAAAAAGCAAGAUAUACAAGGAGGUAUAUCUACAACAGAGUCGUAAGUAUAUUCACUCUCAGUAUCCUUUAAUCUCUUAUAUGAAUUAACAUGUACAUUAAACCGUGACAUGAAAUUCCCUAUAGCUGUAAAUGUCUAUUUAAAACUACAUUACAGAUACAAAAUCGCUAACGUAAACAGAUAACGAGUAUUAUGUUUAGCGUCGGGCGAGUUUAAACCAGGAUAAAAAAUGGAAACUAAGUUAAAAUUAGCUGUUGUUGCUGUAUUAAUCAGUGUAGUCUUAUGUCUUGGUACAGUUUUAGGUCUGGUGUGGACUAUGCCCGAUUUGCCAACAACUGUUCGAAAUGAUGGAAUAUGUCUACCGAGUGAGUUUGGUCCUCUAAAAUGUGGUUCAACGGCUGAUUUGUUGCAUGAGUAUCUAGAGAGGAAAAUUACAAAGAAAUAUGAUGAAAUCAAAACAGAAGAUGAACAGCGACAACAGGAGUAUCUGAAUAAGAACAGAGUCCGUCUUAUGAGUAUCUACGACAAAGCAUUCUGGGAAAUGAAGCCAGCCGCCAAACUCACAGGAAAAGAACAGCCUGGCAUAAGAAAAUGUGAUAUUGGUGCCGACAUGGUACCUGUAAGAGAAUGGCGCCAUGGCAGAGAACUCUACGACACAAGCGGGUUUGAAAGAUACGGCAUUCGAUACAGAAAUGGCCGUUUGGUCGUACCUGUAGAUGGCACAUAUUUCAUUUACUCUUACGUCGAUUUAUUUGAGUCAUGUAAUCCACCAAACGGGGAGCCCAAUGUAAACGAUACCACUAAACCUAUUAAGCACGGCAUAUCUAAAUUCAAUAUCCUUGAUGGGGAGGAAAUGGAAUUAGUUUCAAAUGUACAACCACAUACAGUUUCGAGUAACAGAUAUUUCAAUUCUUACAGCAGCUAUGUUUCGUCACUUGUAGACCUCAAAGCAGGUGAUGAGCUUUCUGUAAAGGUUAGCAAUUUAACGUAUCUUAGAUAUACACGCGAAAAUUACUUUGGGGUUAAUUUGAUAUGACAACUUCAUCCUCACCGUCGGGAACACGUGCGCGUCGUGGUGAGGGCACAGCUCGUCUUUGCUGAUUGUACUUACUUACAACCAAGCACUUAUACAAUUAAUUUGAUUUCAUAUUUGCUCAUAUUCAUUUAAUUUGACAGACCAUUUUCAACGACGAGCUGACAAAGGUCCCCGAAAAAUACUGCAUAAGUAUAAUUUGCAUUGCUAGAUAAACUGAAAUGAAAUAAUACAGACACUCAAUCUGACUAAAGUACAUCUCCUAUUACGCUACGCUUAGGAUCUGAAGACGUGCUAUUGAUAGCCUCGUUCUGACGACCCUUCCGCUAGCCAAUCUGAAUGCUUACUUACAGCAUUUUGCAAGAAUAAACAAUCUAUAUUUAGCCUGGGUUUUUCAUAUUUACAAUUCUUAUGACAUAAAGUGUCAGAUAGUCGGUUAGCUCAGACGGUAUGGCACUCGUACUGUAAGCAAGGGGUCCCGGGUUCGAGCCCCGGACUGCAUAUUUGUCUUAUCUUUGACAUUUGAACAAGUUGUCUGAUUGGUUCAAAUAAAAAUGGGUUUGCGAAAAUAAAAAUAACAAUAUUGGAAAUCCAAAAUAUACAGCUGACGAAUGUGAAUGGGUCAUUUUCAGAUCUUCUUUUAGAAGAUGAAGUACUUUUGUCAGAUUGUACAGACACGUAGUGUGUUAAUGUUAACGAUAUCCAGAUUUGUAGUUUUGCCUGGAAUCAAGGUGGCAGGGAAUAGCUGAUAUGUGUUGAAGCUGGUGCUAGAAAAGUUGCAAAAUAGAACUUUAAAAAAGUCCGAGAAAAGUGGAGUGAAUGUACAUGCAUUCCUUGUAAACAGGACGUCAUCGCAUGUCAUUUUCAGUUUGCCUAUUCAUUACCUUAAACGAUGAAAACCAGUCAAGUAUUGGUUUCAACGCAAAAAUGGCAUAAAUUGGCCAGAAAGCGAAACUUGUCCCGUAUAAUUUUCAAAUAAGAUGUGCUACAUUUUUAAUUGUUGUGGAAAUUGGUGCACAUAGCUGUAUAUUUUGUACAAUAUCAAGUGUGUGUAAUUUCAGUAUUUUUCUUAUUUUCUUGAACAAGCUGAAUGAAAACUACGGUGCAAGUAUCUUAUGAUAUAAUGUAUUUCAAUUUUGACAAUAUAUAAAUACAAUUUCUGUUACUUCACUCUAUAAUAUAUGCAAAUCUUAAUAAUAAUGUGUAUUUAAGGGCAAAAACUUGCAUUCAGUAUAAAACAUAAUGACAAAACUUACAUGCAUUCAUAGUAACUGUUACAAUGCCAUUUUUAAGGAAAUAACAUUUGUGUUGUCAUAACUAUAAUUAAUAAACAGUAUUUUUUUUUUUAAUUUUGUCGAAAUAUUAUUAUAAACUAUCAAUGCAAUUUCACCAGAUAAAUUGCAAUAUCUAUUUAAGAGAACAUAAGAGAACAUCAGUCAAUGCAGAUUUUAUUUUAAAAAGUACCAUUGACUUUAAAAAAUGUGUUUGUGGUACAUUUUACAUUAUAUUUUAAUUCAUAGCUCAUUUAGCAAUUACUGAAUUCGUCUGUAGCUGUUUCAAUAAACAGAUUGUAUCAAUCAAUCUGAGUCCGCUAUUAUUUUGCGUUCUAUAGAUCUUCUUACAGAUGUUAUUAUUUAUAUUACUUUUACCAUUGUUUCGUUACUGUCUGUUCUAUUAGACUUAAGUCUAUAAUAUGAUGAACUUUGUCAACAUAUGUAUUAUAUUAUACACGACAUUAGAACUAUAAAACAAUAUUUCAAAUU